UCCACAUCUAUUACAUUCCUGGACUGCGCUGUAUAUUAUAAUAUCCCUAAAAAGCUGCCUUCCCGCUCUGUCACGGUGUCACCUACUUCUCUCUCUCCUCGCUGUUUCAUCACGAAAACACCGCUCUCUCUCUCUCCCCCCCCCCCCACUCUCUCUCUCGAUCUCGAAAUUAUUGUGCAUUACAGAAAUACGAACCCUAAAAAGGCCUGGUUUUUUUAACUUUGAAAAACCAGGUCUUGCAUAAAUUUUCUGCAACAACAAUUUAGAUCCGAAAGCUUUCCUUUUUUUGGCCCCUUUAGUGCCGAAUUUCAGAAUAUCUGGAAGAUUUCUCUCGCGAGGUCCUUUGAGCUCCGUCUUCGACGAUGAACGACCUUUUAGCGGAUUCUUUUGAGAUCCCUCGGGGUCAACCCUCUAGAAGUGGAGAUAUUGAGAUGGGAGCUAAUGCUCCAAUGAAUUCCGGAGAUCUAGGCUUGGAAGAUUUUUUCAAAAAGGUCCAAGAGAUCGAGAAGCAAAAUGAGAAGCUUGAUAAGCUACUUAAGAAGCUCCAGGAUGCUCAUGAGCAGUCAAAGGCUGUGACAAAGGCUCCUGCCAUGAAAGCUAUCAAACAGCGAAUGGAGAAAGAUGUUGAUGAAGUUGGGAAAGUUGCCCGUCUUAUUAAAACAAAAAUCGAGCAGCUUGACAAAGAGAAUUUGACAAAUAGGCAGAAGCCUGGAUGUGGAAAAGGAACAGGGGUAGACCGCUCGAGAACGGUGACAACCAUUGCUUUAAAGAAGAAGUUCAAAGACAAGAUGGAUGAAUUUCAGACUUUAAGGGAGAAUAUUCAACAAGAGUACCGGGAGGUUGUUGAGAGGCGUGUUUUUACAGUGACGGGCACAAGAGCUGAUGAAGAGACAAUUGAUAGAUUGAUCGAGACUGGAGACAGUGAGCAAAUUUUCCAGAAAGCAAUUCAUGAGCAAGGGCGAGGCCAGGUGGUGGACACUGUAGCAGAAAUUCAAGAGCGCCAUGAUGCUGUUAGAGAUUUGGAGAAAAGGCUUCUUGAGCUACAACAGAUUUUCAUGGACAUGGCUGUUUUGGUGGACGCACAAGGAGAUAUGCUUGACAAUAUAGAAUCGCAGGUCUCGAGUGCUGUAGAUCACGUGCAGUCAGGAAAUACUGCCCUUCAAAGGGCGAAGUCACUACAGAAGAACUCCCGGAAAUGGAUGUGCAUCGCCAUUAUCAUCCUUCUCAUCAUCGUUGUAAUCAUCGUCGUGGCUGUGAUCAAGCCAUGGGCUAAGAAGAACGGUGCUUAGCUGGCCUGCCUUCUGUACACACUAUCAAAAUAUAAGAUACGCGUCGACCUUCUUGAACUCAUCUAGCAAUCUCAGUUAAAUUAUGUACCUUUUGUGUUUGAAAUCAGCUUCAAUUACUGUUUAUUUGCCAAGUGAGGAUGGUUGAGUGUGUAACAUUUUUUCAUGGGAAUGAUCUGUUGUAUUCUUUU